AUGGGCGACAAGAAUAAUCCCCCGUCGUUGGACGAGUACAAUGACGCCGUCGAGGCCAUGCGCAGGACAGAAUACCCCAUGCUCCAGGACUCCGUCUAUCUAGACCAUGCCGGGGCCACGCUCCCCCCCAAGUCCCUGAUGGACGCCUUCGCCCACGACAUGACGACCGUGUUAUACGGCAACCCGCACUCGGCCUCCUGGCCAUCCCAGCAGUCGACCUCGCGGAUCGACAACGCCCGUCUCCGUCUUCUCCAGUUCCUCGGCGCCGAUCCAUCAGACUUCGACCUCGUCUUUGUUGCCAACGCCACGGCGGGCGUCAAGCUCGUCCUCGAGGGCAUGCGGUCCCUCCAGGGCGGCUUCCUGUACGCCCAUCAUCGGGCGUGCCAUACCAGCAUCGUCGGGGUGCGCGAGGAGGCCAGGGCCAGCGUCUGCCUCGACGACGACGACGUGGCGGGCUGGGUGCGGGGUGGCCAGUCUGCAGACACGAGUACCUGUGCGCCCGCCUUCGCCUCCGUAUUCGGACUCGGCGAUACUGGUAGUGAUACCACCUUUCCACCCUCGGCCACGCUGGUCGCCUACUCGGCCCAGUCUCACAUGGACGGCAGACGAUACCCGCUCUCGUGGUCCAGCCAGCUCAGGGGGGGGCGGGGAGCGACGCUCCCCCGCGUCUACACACUGCUCGACGCCGCUUCCCUGGCCGCCACGUCGCCCCUGAACCUUGGCCAGCAUGACACAGCCCCGGAUUUCACCGUCCUGAGCCUGUACAAGAUCUUCGGCUUCCCGGACCUCGGCGCCCUAGUUGUCCGCCGUGACGCCCAGUCCGUCUUCUCGCGCAGGGCAUACUUUGGCGGCGGGACGGUAGACAUGGUCCUGUGCGGUGGGGCCGAGACGUGGCACGCUCCCAAGACGCAUUUCCUCCAUGAGCGUUUGGAGGAUGGGACACUGCCGUUCCACAGCAUCAUGGCCCUUGACACCGCCAUGACGGUCCACCACACACUAUUCGGCUCCAUGGCGCGUGUCAGCUCCCACGUCGCAGACCUCACAAACCAACUGUCACAUGGCCUGGACCGUCUACGACACGGCAACGGGGAACCCGUCUGUUUCAUAUACGGCUGCGGCGACGACAGCCGGGAGGGUAUGAACCCUGGGCGCGGCCCCAUAGUCUCCUUCAACUUGAAGAACAGCGCCGGCGCAUGGAUAAGUCUCACCGAGUUCGGAAAGCUGGCCCAGCUGAGGAAGAUGCACAUACGCACAGGAGGCGUCUGCAGCCCGUGUGCCAUCGCCUCCGCCCUGGACCUCCAGCCGUGGGAGAUGCGCAGUAACUUUUCCGUGGGCUACCGGUGCGGCACCGACAGCGACAUCAUGUCCGGGAAGCCUACGGGAGUCAUCCGGGCCAGUCUGGGUGCCAUGAGCACCAGGUCCGACGUCAGCCGCUUCGUCGACUUCAUCCGGGAAUUUUAUGUCGAGGCCGCCGCACCAUCCCUAUCCCCCGCUCCCAUACCCGACGACGCCAACACGCGUGCGACCCGUAGCACGCCCGGCCUCGAAGUCGGCGCCAUAACACUCUACCCUAUCAAGAGCUGCGGCGGCCUGUCCGUGCCCGCCGGUUCUCGGUGGGAGAUCCGCCCCGAGGGUCUCGCCUGGGACAGGGAAUGGUGCCUCGUGCAUCGCGGGUCGGGCCACACCCUCAGCCAGAAGCGCUAUCCGCGCAUGGCCCUCCUGAAACCUUCCAUCGACUUCGACACGGGGACCUUGCGCGUCGAGCACAGGGACCCCGGCGACGACACUAGCACUAGCAGAAAACGCAUAUCCGUCCCGUUAUCCGUCAACCCUGCCCUCUUCGACUCCACCAAUCGCCACGUCCCCUCCCCCUUCCCCACCACAAACUACGACGUCCCCUCGCCUCCGGAUUCGGACUCGGAGAAGCAGCAGCGGCAGAGACCCGAUGAGGGCAACAUACUGCUCGCGAACGAGAGUCCCAUACUCAUGAUAUAUUCUGCCAGCGUGGACGCUCUGAACCGUUGCAUUCAGGAUCGCGAGGGUGGCCCGCCCAUUGACGAGACUGCCUUUCGAGCCAACAUAUCACUCAGACCAGCCUCCCACCGCUCUUCCACGUCUACUUCUGCACCAAACGGUGACGGCGCUCCUAUGCCGAAUGGUAAUGGAACUCGUGCGCCGAGCAAAGGUCCCCUCUCACCCUUUGCCGAAGACUCUUGGACAUCGCUACGAAUCGGACCCCACGCAUUCAAGAUGCUCGGCGCAUGUCGCAGGUGCCAGAUGGUCUGCGUGGACCAAACGACAGCCGAGAGGAGACAGGAGCCCUAUGUGACGCUGGCCAAGACAAGACGCUUCGACGGCAAAGUAUUUUUCGGGUGCCAUAUGCGUCUAGAUUGCGAUGGUGACGACAUGCCUAGCGAGGAGACGCAGUGUCCCACAAUUAGUGUUGGGGAUCCUGUUUCUGUCGAAGACGGUGGCUAUGAAUAA